AUGGCUACCAGAACACACAAGACGUGGCAGGAAGAGCUCGCUGCGGAAUGCCGAAAGCAACGACUAGCCGUUCCAGUAUUCAACAUUGUUUCUGACCGACGAGGUGGACGGACAGCGUGGUCUGCCACCGUCACAGUCCAAGGAAAGAACAUUGCGGCCCGGUAUUGGUACGAUGGCCAAUACCUCAACAAUGCCCGAGAGGACGCCGCCGAAGUGGCCUGUACAGAGCUCAGAAACCCUUCCAUCACCGGACGCGCGAGAGGCGGAUAUCCUCCCAAUUCAGGAUACCGCUAG